GCUCCGGGCCGGCCGGGCUCCGCGCCUGUCAAACCCCUCAUUGUUCGCAGCUGAUGUCACUCGCAGUUGUGAGCGGCCGCCUCUCCCGGGGACAAUGUGGGACUGAGCGGCCCAACCGCCGCGCCGCGCCGCCGCCGCAGGACAGCUCCAGAGAGGGCCAGCCAGGCUGCAGUGUGGACACACUCCCAGGCCGCUGUGGCCCCAGCCCCGCCUGACAGGAUGAGCGGCUCAGAUGCGGGGCUGGAGGAGGAGCCAGAGCUCAGCAUCACCCUCACGCUGCGGAUGCUGAUGCAUGGGAAGGAGGUGGGCAGCAUAAUUGGGAAGAAAGGAGAGACUGUAAAGCGAAUCCGGGAGCAGAGCAGUGCCCGGAUCACCAUCUCUGAGGGCUCCUGCCCCGAGCGCAUCACCACCAUCACUGGGUCAACGGCAGCCGUCUUCCACGCGGUCUCCAUGAUCGCCUUCAAGUUGGACGAGGACCUUUGUGCCGCGCCUGCAAAUGGCGGGAAUGUCUCCAGGCCUCCAGUGACCCUGCGCCUGGUUAUCCCUGCCAGCCAGUGUGGCUCACUGAUUGGGAAGGCCGGCACCAAGAUCAAAGAAAUCCGAGAGACUACUGGUGCUCAGGUGCAGGUGGCAGGGGAUCUGCUCCCCAACUCCACAGAGCGUGCUGUCACUGUGUCUGGUGUGCCUGAUGCCAUCAUCCUGUGUGUGCGCCAGAUCUGUGCUGUUAUCCUGGAGUCCCCACCCAAAGGAGCCACUAUUCCAUAUCAUCCAAGCCUCUCCUUAGGUACUGUCCUUCUCUCCACCAACCAGGGCUUCUCUGUCCAGGGUCAGUAUGGGGCUGUGACUCCAGCUGAGGUCACCAAGCUUCAGCAGCUCUCAGGCCACGCCGUACCCUUUGCCUCACCCAGCAUGGUGCCAGGACUGGAUCCUGGCACACAGACCAGCUCACAGGAGUUCCUGGUUCCCAAUGACCUGAUUGGCUGUGUGAUCGGGCGCCAGGGCAGCAAGAUCAGUGAGAUCCGGCAGAUGUCAGGGGCACAUAUCAAGAUUGGGAACCAAGCGGAGGGCGCUGGUGAGCGGCACGUGACCAUCACUGGUUCGCCAGUCUCCAUCGCCCUGGCCCAGUACCUCAUCACUGCCUGUCUAGAAACGGCCAAGUCUACCUCUGGGGGGACGCCCGGCUCAGCCCCUGCAGACCUGCCUGCCCCCUUCUCACCGCCCCUGACUGCCCUGCCCACAGCUCCUCCAGGCCUGUUGGGCACACCCUAUGCCAUCUCCCUCUCCAACUUCAUCGGCCUCAAGCCUGUGCCCUUCUUGGCUCUACCACCUGCCUCUCCAGGGCCGCCACCGGGCUUGGCUGCCUACACUGCCAAGAUGGCAGCAGCUAAUGGGAGCAAGAAAUCUGAGCGGCAGAAAUUCUCCCCCUACUGAGGCCAACUGAGGCACAGGCUUGGGGGGUGGGCAGGACCACCGGCCGGGGGCUGUCUCCACACUCUAUCUGCCCAAGGAAACUCCACCCUGGGGUCCCAAAUGCCGCUAAUGCCCAGACGCAUGGAUGCACCUCCCUGCCCCUGUCCCAGUAUGUGGGAGUUUCUUCUCUCAGAAUUGGGGGAGUUUCUGGCCUAGUGUUCUGGGAGCCUUGGCCCCAGGGUAAGGGUUCCACCCCUUAGCUCUGUUCUUGAAUGCAGGGAGCAUCCUUAGUGCCCCUACUUUGGGGAGUCAUUCAUGCACUCCCCGCCCCUUAGGGCUUCCCAGCCUACUACCCCCCUGUGGGGAUCAGGGAGGAGAGCUGGGGGCCAGCUGGGGGCCAUGCUUCUCCCCACCUCCCUGCAGAUUCCUGCUGCUUCCACUGAAACCCUUUUAACUGGAAUGGACUGGUUGGGCUUGGCAGAAUGCGACCCAGAGAGGGAGCACUGCCAGGUAGCUGGGGGAGUGGCAUGGGGCAGGGGCCGAGCUCUCAGCAGCAGACACUCUGUACAGUUUUUUUCAAUUCCUGUUUUUGAAUAAAUAUUCUCAGAG